AUGCUUAAUUCGAAUCGUCUGGACUCAGUCUAUUGCACACUCGGCGUUAUAACAAAUUUGAUGUUGGAGUCGGAAUAUCGCGGCGCCUUUCGAGACCUCAACGGAUGUCAUAAGUAAGCUAAGUGAUGGCUCUCUGGCAUGAUUCAUGUCUUUGACAUGCUUAUUUUACUUUUUUUAAACAAAAGUCCACAGACGAUUUCUUUGUUCUGAUGUAUGAUAUUGCUCCUGGUAGUUUGAAUGAAGCAGGUUGCCUUGUACAAACGAAACUGUUCGGUCCACUCAAAAAGCCAAUAUGCUUGUCGUUUGGUUUUUUUAAUGUUGCCCGAAAUAAUUGCCGAGUCGUUGCAAUAGUUGAAGCUCGUCUGGAUCUCCUCCAGUAGUAAUUACGAGUGGCAUGCGCGUCGAUCACCGUAACUCAUGCGGGCACUGUCCUCAAUCGCCGAAAAAAUUCGUCACAAAUUUGCCUGUCAAUAGGAGUGCGCCGGACAGUCAGCUGGAGGCAAUGGUGCGGAAAAAUCGUGGCUGCCGAACAAAUGCAGUCACUAUUCGUAAAAACAAUAAAGAUGCCGAGAGGUAUUAUCCAAAAAGAAGACUGUAGUGGUCAUUCCAGGGCUUGAGGAAUCGAACGUAUUCUGCCCUGCAAACCCGGGCAGGUCUGUGAAUGUCGCUAUAUUUGGACUUUUGACAAGCAACUUUGCUUUCGCUGUGUAUGGCUGGAAGUCGACUACGAACGAGGGUAGAGAUCUUGGUGCAAAUGCAAAAUAUGGGGUUAGAAAGUCGACUUAGGGACAUUUUACGCCUGCUGUAAUGAGCCUUCUGUGGAGUGCUGACGUAUGACCUGCCAGGCAUCGUUGCACCUAUUUCCGUAUUGGAUGAUUUCUACCUCAAAAAACUGCUGUAGACAUUGUUUUAAGUAGCAGCUGUGUAGGAGUUGCUCAUCCCUUGCACCUCAGGUUCAUGUUAAAUGCCUUUUGGGAUAUUCGUCUAUAGUUAUUUAAGAAUUGGGAAAAUUCCCAUUGGUCACUCGGGAGCCGAACAGGUUGUCGCGGUGUGCUGUAUGUGCCCCCACUUAAUUGUCAUACAGUGCCUACUUACUACGUUUAGGUAGCACAAUAUAAUCCGAACGAUUACUUGCUGUGUUUCCCGCUCAGGCAGCGUGCCGUAAUCAGUUUGCGCCUGUUACGGGAAGACCGCCAGUAAGUGUUGGCUUUCACAACGAAGAAGGCUAUGACAGUCGGGAAACCAAAAAGUCGUUUAGCUACAGCGUUUUUUCCAUUUGGAAAGCUGAUCAGUUUUUCAGGCUGUCGAUUUCUGAAACCGUAACCUGCCUGAAUUAUAGGGAAAAAGCGUCAUCUUACUUUGCACCUCUCCCGACAAAAGCCGCCGCAGGAGGCGUCGGCAUGCUGAAAGCAUCAAACAAACUUCUCUCGCUUAUUCUCAUCUGAACUGCCGCACCUCUGCCUCUGUUCUUUAUUUCCACUCCCAAUCAGACUUGUGGAAACGCUGAGAGCAAAUGCUGGUGUUGACUGGCAGUUAUCCUCACUGGCGUGUCAGGCAAUAGCGAAUUUCGUAGACAACCCGACCUCAGCAGUUUUUGAAUCACUGGGUCUGGAGCUGGAGCAUGAGCUGGAGAGCCUCCUCUCUGAUCUUGUUGGUAAGCCCUCUUCCCGAUUUUCAAGAAAAUGAAGUCCCCUAAGUGACGGAUACGUGGAGGUUUCCUGUCUAGGCGGAGUCGAUUUUAGGCCACGGUUGUUAAUAUAGGAGUCCGUCUACCACCCAAACUAAAUAUGCUCAUUUCGCACUAGGAGGUAUUUUGGCAUAGUGGAACUCCUAUUAUCCGUUGCAGAUUUCCAUCCUCAAAUUUAUUUAAUAUUCAUUUCAUAUUGACCCAACAUCUAUGAAUUACGUAAGCCUGGUAGUCAUCUGGUGGAUUCUAUGUGAAUUGCUUAGAAAAUUCUCCCUGGGCAGUCAAUGUAAUGUAUCAGAUUUGGUGGAUUUCAGACGUUACAGUAGGUUGGACGGGUAAUUUGACCCAAAUGUGAUUAAACUCGUGUCGUCCGACGGGGCCUCGUAGCUCAAGUGGUUAGAGCGUUAGCUGUACUAAAGCCUUCCCCUUACUGUCGUGAGUUCAAAUCCCACCGAGGCGCCGAGUUUUUCACAGUUGGCUAAAUAUGAGUUAUUCGAAAUCUGCCAAAACAUCUAUUACAUACAUUUACCUUAAUUUAUUUUCUGUCCCAUUUUAAACAGACAGACCAUUCAGGGUCUGCCCAUGAGUGGCACUGUCACACUUAACCCCGUGAGAAUAAAUCUGAUAUACUUUUAACCACAACAGGGCCCUAAAGAUUCUCUCGAAGAGGCUUAACAACUGGUUAGAUAACUUGGUGUUCAGGACUGGAAAGUUGUUAUGACCUGGUGCUCAGAUGUCUAUUGUCUCAACCGCCAACGCGGCAGCAAAAACCGAACACGAUCGGCCGUGAGAAAGGUUUAUUAACCUGCAAGUUGUUCUUACUGGAAAAUAGCGCAUAUGUAAUAACAUCCUAUUCAGGUUAGCUAUAUUCUGUCCAAAGCGUUUUGAGAGGAUAAUUCUUGACCUGCCGAGCAACUCCCCGCCGACACGGACCCGUUAGGUUCCACGGAAGUAGCCAACGGCGAGACACUGCCAGCAUAGUAACAGCCCCUGACAGCGUGCUAACAGUGCACACGUGAGUUUAGGCAUUUCCAACAGAAGUGGGUCACAGUAGCUCCAUAAAAUAACCGUUUAUCAACCCUCAUCAGGUAUAACAUCUGAUCGAUUGAGGACCCAGUACAAAGGUAGCACGCAAGGGGCGGAGGCCUUGUAACUGGUCAGCCAUUAUGACUAAAUCCAGCUGCAUUAUUCCUCGCCUGAUUUUUUUAUUUGAGCACACUGGGCUUGGAAGUAGGGAGCGAGGUCCGGUGCUGCCCAACUCCCCCACCCCGUUUAUAACUGCUCCCUCUCCCAUCCUACCCUCUGGAGUCAUUACGGUAGUCACAGUUUUCAUCGAACGGACAAUUAGGCGGCUGUCCUAGAGCCACGAGGUUAUCUCCUUUGUCACUAGUAGACCCAGUCCGUUCCUACACCCUGCUUAAUAAGAGUACCCCUACUUCAUUAGUCAGACGAUUGAGGGGGCGAGAGGAAGGAUGCGUUGAGGAUCGCCUCAUGGUCUGUGGACUUGAAGUAGUAGAUUAAUUAUUUAACCGUCAUUUGAACGAAUACACCAGUGAGCUGUGUCACAAAAACUCUUCCAGGACGAGCUGGAACGCGUGCGUAAAUUUAUUUGACCCAUUUGUGAAAAACUCGAUGGGAUUCGAACCUAUGACAGAAGGGGCAAGUCGCCGAGUUUUUCGCAAUUUGGUCAAACGAAUUAUUAAAAUUUUCGAAAACACCUUUUACGUCCAUAAAUGUUACGAAGGAUAAAAACAGAAUGGAGUCAAAACAUAGGGUGAAAGGAAACGCAACCAGGCACGACACAACAGGUCAAGUCUGCUGUGAAAUACACGUGUGAAGUCAACUAACUAAUCGGCGUGUGCUGCAUCAUCGAUCAAGCGUGAUACUUUUUCUCGCGCAUGGAGCCAAUCAGUAGCCACCAAACAUUUAAAUUCUUCCGCAGGAGAUUAUCGCGCAAGAACCAGCAAAUCCAAGACCAGUGUGUCAGAGUCCAGGAUCGAGUAAUUCUCGUAGGCGUAGCUACCUAAAGAACUGGCGUACUUAUUUAAUAUUUCCUAUCCUCAAAGUGCGAACGUUGAACUAUCAAAAUGCGCCUAAAGUUGAGUAUGUUGAUGUCAAAAUCUAUCACAGUUAUUAGCCGGUUAUUUUGGAAGCCUUCGUGAAUUUAUCUCACCUGGUCAGAUACAUGUAAAAGCUUUUUUGGAAAAUCGGUCUCUUUUCACUAAACAACUAUCACUACGUCAAAUCAAUCAAAGUUGUUCCUGAAACACUCGGCAACGGUAUGGAGAAGGAUUACACUUUGCUGUCGCUGGACUAUGGAUAGUGUCAUAAGUGAUUGGUGACAAGGGGAGUUUUACGGGUGGGGCAGCGCGCUAGACAGCAAGCUGACAAAAUGCAGGAAAAUAAAGAAAUUGUUUGGAUUUCUCUCGAAAGACUCAUCGUACGCUUUCUUACGACAACGGAAAUGAGCGCGGUAAUUAAAAAUAAAAAGUAAAUUUCAAAGAAUAAAGGAGUUCGAAUGAUGGUUUGAAGUCGUGGAAAGUGAUUAUUAUUGGCAAUGUAAUGUCUGCAAAGGCCUGCGAAUGGAUGCCAGGAUAAAAGCCCAUAUGACGUGACCCACAGUCUGCCGACAGUAAAGUGGGGUCCUUCUCCAUACCGUUGCCAAAUAUUCCAAGUGUAGGACGCAGGAAACGCGUGUGUACUUUUGCCCACUACAGCACAUCUUGUGCCGAUUGUCCCUAUCCCAGAUCCUGAAAUUGUCAACUCUCUGGCAGCAGAAUUCGACUCCAAAUGUGGCGUGAGGUCCGGGGAUUCUCUAUACGCGCCGAUAUCUUGUCAGCAGCACCAGACGGCUGAUUUGUGGAAGGCUGUCUGGAGCAGCGAUUUCCUCCCCGUCGCUAGGGACCUUCUAUCACGCCUGCAAACCAACUGA